GGCCGCACCGCAGCGGGCUCGGCGCGCGCGGGCCAUGUCCGCUUUCUGCCUGGGCUUGGCCGGCCGAGCUUCAGCACCCGCCGAGCCGGACAGCGCCUGCUGCAUGGAGCUGCCGUCUGGGGCCGGGGACGCAGUCCGGAGCCCCGCCGCCGCCGCCCUCGUCUCCUUCCCCGGGGCCCCCGGGGAACUGGAACUGGCCUUAGAGGAGGAGCUGGCGUUGCUGGCGGCCGGGGAGCGGCCAUCCGACCCCGGGGAGCAUCCUCAGGCGGAGCCGGGGUCUCCGGCUGAGGGGCAAGGACCGCCGCCGCCUACCCAGGAUCCGGAGCUGCUGUCCGUGAUCCGACAGAAGGAGAAGGAUCUGGUGUUGGCGGCCCGGCUAGGCAAGGCUCUGCUCGAGAGGAAUCAGGACAUGAGCCGACAGUACGAGCAGAUGCACAAGGAACUGACGGACAAGCUGGAGCACUUAGAACAAGAGAAGCAUGAACUGAGAAGACGAUUUGAGAAUCGAGAGGGGGAGUGGGAAGGACGGGUGUCCGAGCUGGAGACUGAUGUGAAGCAGCUGCAGGAUGAGCUGGAGAGGCAGCAGGUCCACCUUCGGGAGGCAGAUCGGGAGAAAACUCGAGCCGUCCAGGAGCUGUCAGAGCAGAACCAAAGGCUGCUGGAUCAACUCACCAGGGCAUCCGAAGUUGAAAGACAGCUCUCCAUGCAGGUCCACGCACUCCGAGAAGACUUCCGGGAGAAAAACUCAUCCACCAACCAGCACAUCAUCCGGCUGGAGAGCCUUCAGGCUGAGAUCAAGAUGCUGUCAGAUCGGAAGCGGGAGCUGGAGCACCGGCUCAGCGCCACAUUAGAGGAGAAUGACCUUCUUCAAGGGACUGUGGAGGAGCUCCAGGACCGGGUGCUGAUCCUAGAAAGGCAGGGCCAUGACAAAGACCUGCAGCUGCACCAAAGCCAGCUGGAGCUCCAGGAGGUACGAAUGUCCUACCGGCAGCUGCAGGUCAAAGUGGAGGAGCUCACAGAGGAGAGGAGCCUGCAGAGCUCUGCUGCUACCAGCACAUCCCUGCUGUCAGAGAUCGAGCAGAGCAUGGAGGCCGAGGAGCUGGAACAGGAGAGAGAACAGCUGAGACUGCAGCUCUGGGAAGCCUACUGCCAGGUGCGCUAUCUCUGCUCACACCUUCGAGGAAGUGACAGCGCCGACUCAGCCGUGUCCACAGACUCCUCCAUGGAUGAGUCCUCAGAAACCUCCUCCGCCAAGGACGUGCCUGCUGGCAGCCUGCGCACUGCCCUCAACGAUCUCAAGAGGCUCAUCCAGAGCAUUGUGGAUGGCAUGGAGCCUACGGGCACCCGGAGAAUGGAUGAUGAGUCCUUAGAAGAACAAAUAAGGCAGACCAGUGAGGACUCAAGAGCCCUGAGGGAGCUCAUGGAGGGAGAGAGGGGUAAACUGAGGCAGAGCCUAGAAGAGCUGCAGCAACUCCACAGUCAGGUGACUCUGCUGAGUGUGGAGAUGACUGCUCUGAAGGAAGAAAGGGACCGACUCAGAGUGACAUCUGAGGACAAGGAGCCAAAGGAGCAGCUUCAGAAGGCCAUCAGGGACCGGGAUGAAGCCAUCGCAAAGAAGAACGCUGUAGAGCUGGAGCUUGCCAAGUGCAAGAUGGACAUGAUGUCUCUGAACAGCCAGCUCCUGGAUGCCAUUCAGCAGAAACUGAACCUCUCACAGCAGCUUGAGGCUUGGCAGGAUGACAUGCACAGAGUCAUUGACAGGCAGCUGAUGGACACGCACCUGAAGGAACAGAGCCGGCCUGCUGCUGCCUUCUCUAGGGGCCACGGCGAAGGGCGGGGCCAGGAACACAGCACCAUGGAUGGCAAACGGCUCUUCUCCUUCUUCAGGAAAAUUUAAGUGUGGAGGAGUCAGGCCAUUGAGGAUGGGGGACUAGCGGCAGUUGAAAAGGGUCUCCCCUCAGCUGUGGCUGGGCAGCUACACUGCCUGCCCGCCUGCCCUGGGACCCAGUUGGUUCCGGAAAGCUCACUCUCUUUUGUCAAUGUAAUGGAGACUGAGAGAUAGGUGGCCUGGCUUGUCCUCUGAAGGCUGCUCCCCACCAAGCGACAGGAAUGAACCCCUGUCCCCACUGCCCAAGCCAAGCCUCAGCCUGGGCUUCCCCAGGAUCCUGUUAGUGGUCAGGCUCAGUCUCUUCCCAUGCAGCCCACCGAUGGGCUCUGCCAUUCAGACCCAGCUGAUCACAGCCCACCCUAAAGGCUCUGCUGUCUCCUUGGAUUUUGAACAUGGGGAGCAGAGAGUGAGGCCCUCCUGUGCAUGUCUCAGGAGGCCUGAGCCUCCACUCCACCCCAGCCACUGGCCUGGAGUGAGGGGAGGCACAGCCCUCACCCACGUGCAUGCACCUCUGCUGGAGCCCCUGUAACACAGGAGGCCUAGCCUGUGGCUGUGGGGCCUAAGAACUGGGUGUACCCAAACUCUGCUGAGGCCAUCCUGUACCCCAGGGAAGGUCCUGUCUUCUGGCUGCCACCACUCAGCUUCCUCCAGUGCAGUCCUUACCCCUAGGGAGGCCUGGGCCAGGCAGCAUUUCCAUUAGCCCUCUUUAGGCUGUAGCCUUCCAGACUCCCACCACCCACCACCACCACCACGGGGUAGGGCUGGGAGGGCCCUUGUCUUCCACAGCCCCCUCCACCUCAAAUACAACCUCUUGGCCAAGCCGAGCACGUGCAGGCCAGAGAACGGCCUCCGAGGGGCCUGGUUUAACCAGCCUUGCACUGAAGGCAGCAUGGGUGCCACAGGUGGAUGGGGUAAGGCUGCUGGGAGCCUCCACAUAGUGCCCACCAGGCCUCCAAGGGCCACGGUCUGCAGCCUGCUGCUUCUGCUCCUUCUGCAGUAGCCACCCCACCUCUGCUGAGGCCCCAGCUCAGGCUGUGCGGGCCCGGCCUGCAGGCCUGCGGCUGCGUACCACUCACUGAGCCUCCUGCCCUCACUGCGGAAAAGCACAGCAGGGCUGAGCAGAAAGAAUGUACUUAUAGAUAUGUACAUACCACAGUGCUGUAAUUUUGUAUGUAGCAAUUGUGUAAAUACACGUAUGAAUUUUAUAAUACACACAUAUAAAUCUAUAAAGGCAUAUUUUUAGAAAAACAGCGCAUCACUGCUUCUUUUGAAAAUAGUCUGAAUAAGAAUAAAAUGAAAUUUCUACAGAA